CUUUUUCUAGCGUGUGUUCUAUAAACAUCGAUGAGUGAUAGAAAACCCAGAAAACUGUUUCAUUACUUCUUUACAAACGCGUGGUAAGCGUACACAGCUGUUUUCAUUGUUCAAUAUAAAGGCACCAUGUGGCCCGAAGUACAAACCGCCAAAGAAGAAAAUCGUCGCGAGCUGAAACUUUCGGGAUCGACCGUUCGGACCCGAUUUGAGGAAGCUAAUGGACUGCUGGACGAAACUGUCUACCAGCUAACAGCCCUCAAUUUGCUAGAUAUUAACGAUACUCCCCUAGCGGAGUUGUCUCCCAAAGUAGGAGAAUUGAAGAACCUACAAUCGUUGCUUUUGUUUCGAAACAAAAUUUGUACGAUUCCGAUAGAAAUUGGACAACUAACGUCACUAAAGGUACUAGAUUUGUCAGGAAAUCGGAUUGAAUCAAUGCCAGCAGAAUUGAAUCAGCUAAAACAACUGACAACGAUCAAUUUUUCGGCGAAUAAGUUGAAACACGUGGAUCUGAGUCAGCUGGAGAAUCUAACCGUAUGCAAUCUGGCCGCCAAUGAAUUGGAGGAGUUCCCGCUUUUCUUUUGUGGUAAAGAUGUACAUCAUCUAUCCGAGGUUAUUCUAGAGAAGAACAAUAUCAAGGAUAUUUCCUCCAGUUUGACAAAUCAAGCAGGUCUUAAACUGCUCAAUGUAGCAGACAACAAAAUUGAGCUGGUUCCUAAAUUUUUGAUAAAGUGCCCAAAGCUGAAAGAAAUCAACCUUAAGGACAAUCCACUGAAAGACAAACGACUUAAAAAACUCGUUGAGCAAUGUCGUAGCAAACAGGUUUUGGACUACGUUGAAAAGCACGGGCACGUUUCACCCGAAAACGAUAAAAAUGUUGAAACGAGUGAGUCUCCGGGGGGAACCGAAGAACCAACCGUUGUCGAUGUUCGUCAGAAAAUAACCAUAACCAAGGGAGAGUCUCACAAAGUGAGCAUCAGCGCAGAAGCAAAGUCUCUGCGACCAUUUGUGCUGCACUGCAUUGUUCGAGACUAUACAAUCACGAACCUGAAGCGUUUUCUUCAGGCACAGAACGAUCUUCAUGACAACGAAUGUGGUAAAAGAGAGUUAGCUACUAUCGCAACCCAUGAUCUUACCAAAAUCAAAGGUAGUGUCAGCUACCAGGCUGAUUUGUCUGAAAAUAUUGAAAUAAUGCCUUUGGGCGCGAAAGCCAAAGUAACUGCAGCUAAGUAUUACGGAGAUUUACGACAACAAGCGGAAGCCAUCCGGAAGGAGAAAAAACGAAGCACCUAUUCAGGCAUUUAUAAAUUUAUUAAUUUGCUGGAAGGCAAAGUUUUCGUGUUUUUCAAAGACGAGGAGAAGAUUAUCAGUUUACCGCCGCUUACCAACUGUGACGAAACGAAAGUAUCGUCCGAAACCAGGCAUCUGCUGCUAGAGGUGACUAGUUCUACCAGUAUGGACUGUUGUCAGAAGGUGAUGUUGGCUCUUGUUAAGAAGAUGCUUCUACUUGAUGUACAGGUCAGUCGAACACAUGUCGAAGGUAAGAAAAAGUCAAAGGGAAAGGGUAGUACGACUACUGUAACUUAUGAUAAACCUAUGGAGCUGGUUCUGGAGCAAGUUCGUCAGCACGACACGGACGGGAAUUUCCUUUCAGUAUAUCCCAGUAAAGCGGAUCUUGUUUUUCCCGAGGAAGACAAAAUUGAUGUGGAAUUUAAGUAAUUAAUUUGCUAACGGUUUUCAACUUAUCCCAUUAGAGGAUGUGAAAUGUUGUAAUUACUUUGAAGCGCAGCGAUUUACAUAAUAAAACAGUACCUACGCAUAAAAUGCGAAACCA